UGUUCUUCAUCAAUAUUCGAUAAAAUUUUCUCAUCCAGAUCCUUAAGAAUGUUCAUCUUUUCGUUAAGAAUUUUCUCAUUUGUCAAAAGUUCUUGUUCUAAGUUAUGAAAUGUUUCUGUCGUUACGUUUUGCUGCAAAAUAGCAUGUGUUUCAGAAAGACAUUUUUUAGCGACUACUCUGUGCAUAACACGUGAUCUUUUCCAUGUUUUAAUUUGUUCUUCCAUCUUUGUGAAGGUUGUGAAAAAAAAUUUCUUUGGUAAAAAAUGUCCAAGUAAGAAAAGUAAAACCACGAAUAACUAAGCACGUGUUUGUAAAAUAUAAAUCAACAACAAUAAACUUUGGUAAAAUCUCCAAUCAACAAGAAUAUUCUUCUGUUUAAUUUUAAUCACUAAAAUUUCCUAUAUAAUUAUGAACUAGAUUUUCUAAAAAUUUCCCGGGUCUCGGCACCAUUUGUUGGAUCCCGGGAAAAGAAUUACGAUCAGACUGAAUAUUAAGUUUUUCUUUCUCAAACAUAAGGUUUCAACUAUUACCUAAUUCACCACACAAAUAUAUCCAAAGUGAGGGAGGCUCUCCACCAGAGAGAUCUGACAGCUAGCAUGCUAAAAGAGCUGGACUUAGCUAUUCUUCUUCGAAAUCUACGUUUAGCCCAAAAUCCUAAAAAAUCGUUUGUUUAAGAUUUAAGCAUGGCUAGAAAACGUGACAAUAUCUUAUGUUAACAUGCCAAACAUAUAAAAAGCACAAUACAAAGUUUUUUGAAUACUAAAAGGUCAAAACGACCAACAAAUCUUCAAAAUGGCCACCAUUACAUUAGAUCCUCCACCAACCACGCUGUCAACGCUAGAACUUUGAAGCGUACGGGGGUUCAUAAUUAAAAUGGCGUUCAUAUUUCAUGUUUUGUUUUUGAUAACACGCUUUUUUUAAAAAAAAAAUGUUAACCAUGUAAACUAUUCUUUUUAAUUAAUGAAUAAAAACAAAUAGCAUAAUAACAGAUAAUAAAAUGAGAUGUUUCACACCCCCGGUUUCUCAAGGACUUAGCGAAAUCAAAGAAACCACCGCUACCAGUUUGCGUGACUGACAGACAGCAAACACACAGACGUCAUUUCAUUAAAGCAGAGGUUUCUCGCCAAAAGACUACUUGCUUUUGUCUCCCUAAAACACUAGAAUCAGUCGAAGUCGCGAAAAAAUGCUUAAUAAUCAGUUUUUAUUCAGUUGUAAUUUUUUGACGAUUGUUCUUCGUUUUUGGUUUUUAAAAAAUAACUUUACAGGAUAUGGGGAGGGGGCAAUGGAAAAAACUAUGAUGCAACCAUUUUAAUCAGAAGAAAGACGAAUAUCGUAUCAUCGUUAAAGAGGCGCGUUAAUUGGAGUUAACGCCCAAAAUGGGCGCACUUCUUUUGACUCAAAUUAGCUCGCGGGUGUUAACACGAGUUAACGCGAACAUACAUUUGUAUUUAUAAUGAGAAUAUUUUGCUGUGCAAAAACUUCUACAAAAAAAAUUUAAAAUGGCGGAGAAAAAAAGAUUAAUCAUUAUAGUUAUUGUAGAAGAUGGUGAUAUUACCCUUUUUUAAUAAAAAUUACGGACCGAUAAUAUAGGUUUUAUUUCUUGCUUUUGUCUCUUUUAAUUUCUCUUAUAAAAAGACAUAGCAAAAAGUCGCCCCCUCGAAAGUAUUAAACAUAUUUCGAAUUCAAUCAGCGUUAAUUUUUACUUGUAAAAGAAAUGACCCGCGCUAAAUACUCAAAUAACUAAUUCUGAGAUCAGGAAAAAGCGCGGAAAAGUUAACGCGCAUUUAGUGAGUUUUCUUACGUACUUUCAAUUUCCGCACGUAAUGCAAAAUCCUUUUCUCUAGUCCUGUUUAUUCGCUUGUCGGAGCAGAGAAAACAAAAGACAAAGCAUAUUAGUGUCUGUUUUUUUUUAGUUUCUAAAGUUCUUCGAAACCACUUACUUGUAUAAAUUAAUUUUUUUGCGUAUAUAUAACGUAAAACAAGCUAAGCAGUUAGUGCAGAAAUUAAUAUUGCGGUAAACUGUGUUUGUAGUGAAGAACAGUUUUGAGUUGUUCGUUACUUUAUGUACAACAUAGUUAAAAUAAUAUUUUUGUUUGUUUACGAAUUUAUACUCGCGUAAAACAUCAACCGUAAUUGUAUCAUGUAUAAACUAAUCUCGUUCGUCGUUCUAAUAAAUACGAUGGUAUGUUGGGGUAGAAGUCUACAGAUUGUUCAAGUGGCAAGAGAAAAGGCUUUUGAAAAGGUUCAAGGGAUUCCACUAAAAUGUCAAAAAGAAUUAUUUUUGAAGAAGUUAAAAGGAAGUUCUGGGGAAGCAUUGAAUAUUAAUGAGAUUAAAAGAUGUAAAAGAUUUUAUCCACAAUGCAACGGAAAAUACACUACAAUACGUAGCACGUAUGGGUUUGAUCCAAAAACCAAAACUGUUUCAAUAGUAUGGGGCGUAGCAAUGAGUGAGAAAAGUCAAGGAUGUUGGGGAUACAUUCUAAACAUUAAAAAUACGAAGGGGUCGAAAUCAAAAUAUCUUAAUUUGGACACUGAGGCAAGUCCUUAUUUCAUUUCUACCUAAACAAAAAAUUUUCAUUUUUAAAGUUAUUAAUGCAUGAUUUCUUUCAUAGAAUCACACGUUUCAAGAUGAAAUACCUGCCAUGUUUGGAAUGUCGUAUAACAUUACCGCGAUUUCAUUACCUGAUGGGAAACACGUAUCAGUCGUUGAGACAAUCCCAGAUAAAUGUGAGGUUGAACUCCUUGACAAAGCCUUAAAACUAUACUUAACUGGGCAGAUUCACAUGAGAAAGGAUAACCUAUCAUGGGCGAUCAAGAAGUACUGCAGGGACUAACGUAACAUGCUUGAUGACUACGGAUGGUGACAUACAACCCAUGCUGGAAUUCUUCAGCCCGAAUGUUAAUUAACUGUUAGAUUAUAUGAUUUGUAUUCUUUAUUACAAUAACCCUUAAACAAUUAAGUACACCUAUUGUCGCUUUUUUAAAUGGCUAGAGUACCUGCCUUAUCUUCCAUAAGCUAAACGCAUGAGCAUUUACUUUUAGAUAUCGAAAUAGAGGCUUAUAUAGAAAAAAAAUUAAAUUUACUAUCUGUCAAUGCUCAACUUGGUCCAUGUGGGUUGUUUUGAGGUUUUCGGCAAAUCUAAGGGUUAAAUUGAUUAGAUAGACAUUGCUUGAAUGUAGCGUUUAAUUAGAUUGUAAAUAUAUUGCUUAAGUAAAUAUUACCUAAAGGGAACAUAUCCCUAAAAAUAUAUAUCAUUGUCAAAUUUUUUUUUCCGGUAUGUUGUAUUAUUUUCACGAUAGCAUGCUAGCCUUCAACUUUACGUAACACUUUUUCUCUAUUAUAAAUGUUUUAGGAAUUAGUUGAUUUAAUGGAAUGAAAACAUAAAAACAUCUAACAUCCUAAGUUGACAGUAUGUUAUAACAAAAAAUCUAUAUUAUUUUAACACACAAUUUUGAAAGAAAGGGUUAAAGGCAGCUCAAGGUUUCUUGCUUUUCAAGGUGUACAAAGUGAAUUCCUAAUAAAACUGAUAGCCUUGUGGUAGAGCGUUCGCUUCCAGUGCGGGAGGUCUUGGGUUCAAACCCCGGCUGAGUCAUGCCAGAGACUAUAAAAGUGUGAAUCUAUCCUUUCUGCUUAGCGCUCAGCAUGAGAAUAGGAUUGAUAUCUUAGGCGGUUGUCUAGUUGAGCGAUUGCUGUGCUUCCACGACUUUCGUAGCUCAAAUGGGAGCUUUAAAUGCGCUAGGACCCCCUUCGCAGGACCCUCGUUGAUAGCAGUACCAAUAGGAACUGAAGAGGCUAUCCUGAGAAAAUAAUAGUACUAAUGAUAA